AUGGCCCGGCCUCUAUCUUCCCCCCGCAUUCCGGCGACUCCCUCACGUCCCCCACCCCGCCAAUCAAGCCGUGUGACCACCCCAGUAAGACAUGCCAACUACGUCCGACCUGACAAGGAUACUCGACGAUCUUUAGUCCUCAAGGAUCAGCCCUCUUCGAUUCCAGCCAUCAAAAUCGUAAACGGCCACCUCCACCUUCCAGCUCCUCCAUCACUCGCCCUGUAG